AAAUGUGCUCCUACUCAGGUGUCUCUGGGAGGCAGCUGCCUGGAGGCCGACCAUGUGAUUAGUGCUCUUCCAGCUUCAGUGCUCAGCAAGCUGCUCCCCGCCGAGGCUGCACCUCUGGCGCGCAUCCUGGGCACCAUCCAUGCUGUGUCUGUGGCCGUGGUGAACCUGCAGUACCGAGGAGCCCAGCUGCCGGUCCAGGGAUUUGGACAUCUGGUGCCAUCCUCAGAAGACCCAGGCGUCCUGGGAAUCGUGUACGACUCAGUUGCUUUUCCCGAGCAGGAUGGGAGCCCCCCUGGCCUCAGAGUGACUGUGAUGCUCGGAGGUUCCUGGUUACAGGGGCUGGAAGCCAGGGGCUGGGCCUCCUCUCGGGAGCUGCUCCAGCGGCAGGCACAGGAAGCAGCUGCCACGCAGUUAGGACUGAAGGAGCCUCCGAGUCACUGCUUGGUUCACCUGCACAAGCACUGCAUCCCCCAGUACACACUAGGCCACUGGAGAAAACUGGAGUCAGCUGCCCACUUCCUGGCUGCUCGCAGGCUGCCCCUGACCCUGGCUGGAGCCUCCUAUGAGGGAGUUGCUGUCAAUGACUGUAUAGAGAGUGGGCGCCAGGCAGCAGCCCGGGCCCUGGGCUUAGAACUUGACAGAUGACCCCCACACCCCAUCUUGCUGCCCCUGCUGGCUGGGACUCUCACCAUGAAAAUAAAAGUUGUGGGAGAUUGGC